CCACCUUAACGGCGCCAUCUUGGCCAACCGGACCGUGACAUAGGGAAGGCUGUUAUAGUAUUUGGUGUGUUCCAGUUUGUUUUCGUAAAAGACGUCAGUUUUUAAGCAAAAUAAACUCGACGGAUUAAAGGAAGAUAUAUACACACACACUAGGAAAUGGCAACGGGAGCAAACGCAACCCCGCUGGGGAAGCUGCACCCGAGUAUCGGCGCUAAACGGGGCUUCGACUCGGGGCCCGGUGCUGGCUUAAUGCCUCCGCCGGGGCCUCCGUCCUCUUUCCCGCUCCAGAACUUUCCCCAGAUGCCGGGUGCCGCUUUCCCAGGAUUUCCCGGGGCUGCAGGUUCAUUACCAAACCCACAACUCGGACCGCAAUCUCAACUCGGAGAUAUGAGUAUGAAGAAGAGGAAAAGGAGUCGCUGGAGCAGCGAAACUCCCGAUCAGAAGACCGUUAUCCCAGGAAUGCCCACAGUCAUCCCUCCUGGCCUUACUCGUGAACAAGAGAGAGCUUAUAUAGUCCAACUGCAGAUCGAAGACCUGACUCGUAAACUGCGUACAGGAGACCUGGGAAUCCCUGUUAAUCCUGAGGACAGCAGGUCACCUUCUCCUGAGCCGAUCUAUAACAGCGAGGGGAAGCGGUUGAACACACGUGAGUACCGCACCCGCAAAAAAAUGGAAGAGGAGAGACAUUCACUCAUCACUGAGAUGGUUGGGCUGAACCCAGAGUUUAAGCCCCCUGCUGACUAUAAGCCUCCAGCCACGAGAGUCAGUGAUAAAGUGAUGAUCCCACAGGACGAGUAUCCAGAAAUCAACUUUGUUGGACUUCUCAUUGGGCCACGCGGCAACACGCUGAAGAACAUUGAGAAAGAGUGCUGUGCUAAGAUCAUGAUUCGUGGGAAGGGUUCUGUUAAGGAGGGCAAAGUGGGCCGUAAGGACGGACAGAUGCUCCCAGGAGAGGACGAGCCUCUACAUGCCUUGGUCACUGCCAACACCAUGGAUAACGUCAAGAAGGCAGUAGAACAGAUCCGUAAUAUCCUGAAGCAGGGUAUUGAGACCCCAGAGGAUCAGAAUGAUCUGAGGAAGAUGCAGCUGAGGGAGCUGGCACGACUCAACGGCACUCUGAGAGAGGAUGAUAACAGGAUCCUGCGCCCUUGGCAAAGUUCUGAGCCUCGUAGCAUUACCAACACUACUCUGUGCACAAAGUGUGGAGGAGCUGGACAUAUUGCGUCUGACUGCAAGUUUACAAGUACUUAUACCCAGAGGCAAGGUGAUCCACCCCAGUCAGCUCAGGAUAAGGCCCGUAUGGAUAAAGAGUAUCUGUCUCUAAUGGCUGAACUGGGAGAGGCUCCAAUUCCUGCAUCCAGUGGUGGACACGGCAACAACAACAACCCUCCAAGUGGACCCCGUGGAACUGGGCCCAACACCAACCAGCCACCUCCAAACCGUCCUCCCUGGAUGAACUCGGGCCCUUCAGAUAACAGGAACUUCCAUGGCAUGCAUGGCGGCCCAGGUGGUCAUGGAGGUCCCCACAACUUCCCACCUCCCAUGCCCAACAUGGGUGGUCCACCCAUGCCUCCCAACCCUAAUGGCAUGCCCCCACCGUGGAUGCAACCACCCCCUCCGCCCAUGGGCCAGGGCCCAUCUCCUCAUGGACACCCUAUGGGUUUGUUACCUCCUCCUAUGGGCAUGAUGCCACCUCCUCCACCUCCACCCAAUAACCAACCACCCCCACCCCCGUCCGGGCCUCUGCCUCCUUGGCAACAGCAGGCCCCACCCCCUCCUCCCACCAGCAGCAUGGCAACCAGUGCCCCACUGCCAUGGCAGCAGAAUACUACUACCACAUCCACCCCAGCUACAGGUAACCUGCCUCCAUGGCAGCAACCCCAGCCAGCAGCAAGCUCUGCUGCCCAACCCCCUCCUCCUAUGGGAAACCCCUCCAUGGUGCCCCCUCCUCCUGGAGUUCAGCCCCCACUGCCCCCUGGUGCCCCUCCUCCUCCCCCACCACCACCCCCAGGCUCAGCAGGCAUGAUGUAUGCACCCCCUCCUCCUCCUCCACCUAUGGACCCCAACUUUGUUACCAUGAUGGGAAUCCCAGGAAUGCCUCCGUUUGGGAUGCCACCUGCCCCCCCUCCCCCACCACCCCAAAAUUAAAUGCCCUCACAUUGACCACAUGACAAAGCUUGGAGGACAACAUGACUUGGUUCUACUUGAUGUAUGUUGUAAUACUGGAGAGAAAAAAAAGGCUAGUGUGGUUGAAAUGUGUAAAUUUGCUUAACUUAAUUUGCUUCUGAUUUUAAAAUUGUAGUGUUUGUUCAGUUGGUAGAUAAUUUUUUUUUUUUUUUUUUUGAUGUGCAGGGAAUUGUGUGUGUGUGUGUGUGUGUGUGUGUGUGUGUAGGGCCUUCCUUUCAUUGGUUGUGCUAAAUGACAUUCCAAACCACAGUCAUUGAACAGGUAUAAUGUAAAUCCUCAUUGUUUUUUUGCUCAUUACAAAAUCAGAUGGUUUCAUCUCGAAUGAAUCGGAGGACGUUUUGCAUCCAAAUGGCUUUGUUUUUUUUUUGUUUUUUUGUUAAUUCACAUUUAAAAUAAUAUUUUGUUGUCUGAAUAUUUUUGUAAUGCUAACUUCAGCUAAAUAAAAGUUGAAAUGGCCUCACAUUUACAUAGUAAUAAAUACAGGUGGGCAGACUCUUCAUUUAUGUUGUGCUUUUGCAAUUCCAAAAAGGUUUUGUUUUUUUUAAAUGUCUGUGUUUCAAGAGUGUGUACAAAAACUUGAAGCUACUUCGGUCUGUUGAUGUUAAACAGAAGUCGAACUACAUUUGUAUUCCUGACAGCUUCUUGCAAGAAAACUAUUCCACUCUUGUUGCCCCACUUUUCUCAGUCUAGUGUCUUUUUGUGUAGCUCCACUCGGUCCUAGCCAGCUUUAAAGUUCUGUCAGGAUUUCGAUAAAAGAUGCAAUGAAUGAUUUAAUAUGGGUUUUUGUUUUGGGAGGAAAAUGCUAAAACCAUUGAACUGAAACUGAGGGGUUUAAUUCAGACUAACAGAUAUGUGAAGCUUUGUCCGUUUGGGGUUGUUUAAGGGUCGUCUGAUACCAUUGUCUAAAUUUUAUUUUUGUUUUUCCCACCCCGUAGGCUUGCUUUUUUUUUUUUUUUGUGCUUUGUGUGCAACUGUCCAGUCCUGAAGUGCUCAACUAUUUUUUAUUGUAUGUACAGUACAAAAUGGACAAAGUGAAUAUAUGUUAAUUUCCUGUACUCUUAAAAUAAAGGGGAUUAUACAUUUCUAUUAAAAUAACACCAUGUUGA